AAAAUAAAAUAAAUCAAUCUACCGACUGAAAAGUACAUUUAUAUUGUUGUUAACUACACCUUAUAGGCAGAUCUGAUGCGAGUGUUAAGCUAAAUCUCAGAAGCUCACAUUCAAAACCUUCUUCAAAGCAAAUCAAUGGCGAUCACCGAGUUUCUGCCUAAAGAGUACGGAUAUCUCGUUCUUGUCCUCGUCUUCUACUGCUUCAUCAACUUUUGGAUGGGCUUUCAAGUCGGCAAAGCUCGCAAAAGGUACAAUGUGCAGUUUCCAACAUUAUAUGCUAUAGAAUCAGAAAACAAAGAUGCUAAGCUCUUUAACUGUGUUCAGAGAGGACACCAAAACGCUCUAGAGAUGAUGCCAAUGUACUUUAUACUAAUGAUACUUGGUGGGAUGAAACACCCUUGCAUCUGUACUGGCUUGGGUUUGGUCUACAAUAUUUCUCGAUUCUUCUACUUCAAAGGUUACUCUACUGGAGAUCCCACAAAGCGCCUCACCAUCGGGAAAUACAGUUUCAUGGGAUUGUUUGGUCUCAUGAUCUGUACCAUCUCCUUUGGUGUCACUCUCAUCCGCGGUUAGGCCAGUUCUACUCCUUUGUGAGGUUGAUGAUUCUAUGGAGUUUGGAUCCGGUCCUUAUGAGUUGUCUACAUGCUUAUGUUAUAAUGUUAAGAGUUCGUCAGGUUGUUGCUUACGGAACUGUUUUUUCAAGUUGUAAUAAAACUAUGGUUUUACGUAAAACAAAGAAACUUCACAUCCCUA